UGUUGUGAGGAGUCUAGCCAGUUGGUGAGCUCUGUAAUCUAAACCAGCUGUCUCCAGACUGAGGCCCCCAUUUGCAUUGUUUAACAUACUUAGAAAAUGAAGUGUUCAUUUUUAACAUUCCUCCUUCAAUUGGUUUAAUGCUGAAUUACAGAAGAGAACUAAGCAAAACCAGGUGCUUUUGCUGUAUUCUCUCCAGUGUCUGAGGAGGAGCAGACCUCUCUCUGCCCUUUCUAUUAUUUGGUAUUUCAUUCUUUGGAAUACAAAUGACUGAGGAACUCAAGUGCUAGCAAAACGCCGAUGUUCAGACACGUUUUUUAGUUAUUCAGCGUGCAGACUCCUUUUUUCCUUCUUUCCUAACUAAUGUUGGACAUGCAAGAAGUAAAGAGGAUACUGACGGUUUUCAUGCUGGCCACCUGCCUUACACGCCCUGGGAAAGCACAGACUGAAAAUAGACUCUCCCAUCAGAAUACCCUUGGCUUCCUCCAGAUGAUGCUAAAACAUCUCAUAAUGUCAAACAGCAAUGCACUAACGGGUUUGACCUGGACCGUGCCUCUGGGCAAUGCUUAGAUAUUGAUGAAUGUCGGACUAUUCCUGAGGCCUGUAGAGGAGAUAUGGUGUGUGUUAACCAGAACGGUGGCUAUUUAUGCAUUCCCCGAACAAAUCCAGUUUAUAGAUCACCAUAUGUGAAUCCUUAUUCAAACAUUUAUCCACCACCUCCAGCUCCCAACUACCCCACUGCUACAAGACCUCUGAUGUGUCGGUUUGGCUACCAAAUGGGUGAAAACAACCAAUGUGUUGAUAUUGAUGAAUGUGCUUCCGAGUCACACCAGUGUAACCCCACCCAGAUCUGUAUAAACACUGAAGGAGGAUACACCUGCUCCUGCACUGAGGGCUAUUGGCUCUUAGAAGGCCAGUGUUUAGAUAUAGAUGAAUGUCGCUAUGGCUACUGUCAGCAGCUGUGUGCCAAUGUACCUGGUUCCUACUCCUGUACAUGCAAUCCAGGUUUUACCCUUAAUGAUGAUGGACGAUCAUGCCAAGAUGUGAAUGAAUGUACAACCCAGAACCCUUGCGUGCAAAACUGCGUCAACACAUAUGGCUCUUUUCUCUGUCGCUGUGAUCCUGGCUAUGAACUGGAAGCGGAUGGAAUCAGCUGCAGUGACAUGGAUGAGUGCAGCUUCUCAGAGUUCCUUUGCCAGCACCAAUGUGUGAAUGAGCCCGGUUCUUACUACUGUUCCUGCCCCCCUGGCUAUGUUCUGCUUGAUGAUAACAGAAGCUGCCAAGAUAUCAAUGAAUGUGAGACUAGAAACUUCACUUGUACUACACAGCAAACCUGUUUCAAUAUCCAAGGAGGAUACAAAUGUCUAGACCCAGUAAAGUGUGAGGAUCCUUAUAUCCAGAUCAAUGACAAUCGCUGCAUGUGUCCAGCUGAAAACCCCGGUUGCAGAGAUCAACCAUUCACCAUCCUAUACAGAGACAUGGACAUCAUGUCAGGACGGUCCGUGCCGUCUGACAUCUUCCAAAUGCAAGCAACAACUCGCUUCCCUGGUGCCUAUUACAUCUUCCAAAUCAAAUCAGGGAAUGAGGGCAGAGAAUUCUACAUGCGGCAAACGGGACCUAUCAGUGCUACUCUAGUGAUGACCCGUCCCGUGAAAGGGCCCCGUACCAUUCAGUUGGACUUGGAAAUGAUCACAGUCAACACUGUCAUCAACUUCAGAGGGAGCUCUGUCAUCCGGCUGAGGAUAUACGUAUCACAGUACCCGUUCUAAACCUUCAGUACAUUCCCUUUAAACAUUAAAAGCAACAACAAAAAGACA